AUGGACUUCGCGAAAACGAACACGGAGGAUUUGACGCUCCGUGAUGACGCCACGUGUAACAGAUUCACGCUCAUGGCUCCCACAGUGUCACGCGCUGCGUCCUGCAAUGCGGCCGCAAAGAGCUCGGUUCGCGCUAGUCUCAGCGCUUCGAGUCUGAGAUUGCCACUUGGCGGCAGGAGACUGGCCACCGAAGCGCAGAAGAGGACCAUUGUGAACGCUGGCCGUACGAUCGUUGUCGCUUCGGCAGAAACUGACAAGAAGUCAGAUGCUAAGGUGCCUGAUGUUGCUCCGUCUCAAGAAGGUGACUCUGCCGUCCGUCAACUGCUGGGAAUCCGUGGCGGAAGCAAGGAAGACAACAUCUGGAAGAUUCGCCUCCAGCUGACCAAGCCGGUCACAUGGGUGCCGCUCAUCUGGGGUGUGCUGUGCGGUGCUGCUGCCUCUGGCAACUUCGAGUGGACCCUCAAGGAUGUGUCUAUGGCCGUAGUGUGCAUGUUCCUCUCUGGACCGCUCCUCACUGGCUACACUCAGACCAUAAACGACUGGUACGAUCGCGAGAUUGACGCCAUCAACGAGCCCAACCGGCCCAUCCCGUCGGGUGCUAUCUCCGAGAGCGAUGUCAUUGCGCAAAUCUGGGUUCUGCUGCUGAGUGCCAUGGUAGUGGCGUAUGGCCUUGACGUUUGGGCGGGUCACGACUUCCCCAUCCUGCUCGCUCUCUCAGCUGGUGGCUCGCUCAUUUCAUACAUCUACUCCGCGCCUCCUCUCAAGCUCAAGCAGAGCGGCUGGAUUGGCAACUAUGCCUUGGGCUCCAGCUACAUAUCGCUUCCCUGGUGGGCGGGCCAAGCUCUCUUUGGCACGCUUACUCCUGAUGUCGUGGUGCUCACUCUCCUUUACAGCAUCGCCGGGUUGGGUAUUGCCAUUGUGAACGAUUUCAAGAGCAUUGAGGGCGACCGCAAGAUGGGCCUGCAGUCCCUCCCAGUGGCAUUCGGUGUGGAUACAGCCAAGUGGAUAUGCGUUGCCAGCAUUGACGUUACUCAGCUAUCUGUUGCAGGCUAUCUCCUCGCCGCAGGCAAGACCGUCUACGGGCUGGUGCUUCUCGGCCUCAUUGCUCCCCAAAUCUUCUUCCAGUUCACCCUCUUCCUGCCUGAUCCCAUGAAGAACGACGUCAAGUACCAGGCUAGCGCACAACCCUUCCUGGUGUUCGGCCUUCUUUGCACAGCUCUGGCUAUUGGCAACCAAUAG